GCCGCAUGCUCCGGAGUGCUUACAUGGCGUCGUAAUCUUCAUCGUCUUUUUUUCUUUUCUUUUCUUGUCAAUCGACGCCGACCCGUGAGUCAACUCCCCGAAUCCCCCGCGGGACAUUUUGCGCCCGGAGGCGACGCUGUCGACCACCAAGGAUGGCCUUCCUAGACCAGACCAACACCUUGACCGGGAAGAACCUCAAGAUCGUCCUAAUUCGCCAUCCCAUUGCUACCGUUAUUCGAGCCUGGGUGCUGCCCAUCCUCCUUGCCGCCUUUCUGAGCUUCGCGCGCAAUCUAUUCGUGCCGCCGGCCGUCUUCGGCAUCGGGAGUCCUCACCCUGUCCGGUCGCUGCAGGAAGGGUUGGCUGCAGCAAGUGACACCAAUCGGAACACGGUCGUUUUCAUAAACAAUGGAUUGGUUGGCGGCGACAUCGAUCGUGUUAUAGACACGCUUUCGGACACGGUCACCGAUGCUGGAAAGAAUGCGACGAGGCUGCUGGAACCGUCUGACCUAUUUUACGCGUGUCGGAGCUCGCUACGCGGCGUGUCUGAAUGCUACGGCGCUGUGGUUUUCCACUCCUCGCCUACUGAAGGCCAAGGGGGCCUGUGGAACUACACUCUGCUGGCGGACGGUGCGCUGGGCGCUAGGGUCGACACGACCGACACUUACAAUGGUGCCCAGAUCUACACCCUUCCGCUGCAGCGGGCCGUCGACGCCGCCAUCGCCGGCCUCUCCAACGAUCCGUUCCCGCCCGUCACGGAGGAGUACCCGUUCACUCCCGAAACCCAGGAGGAGCGAGCGGCGAGGAUCCGACGAAACUACCAGUCCGCGUUGACCAACUACCUAGCCGUUUCCUUCUUCACUGUUGUCAUUGGCGUCUGCUACCACAUGACGGGCCACAUGGCUACCGAGAGGGAGAUCGGCAUGUCUCAGCUUCUGGAUGCCAUGAUGCCCACCAAGUACCGGUGGGAAGCCCAAGCCACGAGACUGUUCUCGCACCAUCUCGCCUUCUCCGCCAUUUACCUCCCCGGCUGGGUCGUCGGCGCCAUCAUCAUCGGGCGCGGCGUCUGGGCGAACACGAAUGUUGGCAUCGUUAUUGUCUACUUUAUCUUGGCCGGCUUUGCCCUCUCGUCGCUCUCCAUCCUUGGUGCUGCGUUUUUCAAGCGGUCGCAGUUGUCAGGCGUUGUGACGAUAAUAGCGUACAUCCUACUAGCGAUUCUGGCCCAAACGCUCACAUCGCCUAGUACCGGUACUGUUGCGGCCUUGAGCCUGCUGUUUACGCCUUGCAACUUCGUUUGGUUCAUGACCUACAUAGCCAGGUACGAACGCCAUUCGUUUCCGGCGGAUAUAUUAAGAACCCCCCCAGAAAAUCCCUGGGACAUACCUGGCAUUGUUCUCUGGGUCUUUCUCAUUAUCCAGAUUAUCGUAUACCCUCUCAUUGGCGCCUAUCUCGAACGUGUGUUUCACGGCACGACCACGAAAGGGCGCACUAUUCUUCAAGGUCAGACCGCCGAGACGGCGCCCGCCGAUGCGGUUCGCCUUGAAGGUUUCACCAAGAUAUAUUACCCCAAUCCCCUGGCUCGAUUCGUCCCCUUCCGCUCCCGGCCAAAGGAACCGGUGGUGGCUGUCGAAAACCUGUCGCUUACCGCACGGAGGGGCCAAAUUCUAGCCUUGCUCGGUGCCAAUGGUAGUGGAAAGAGUACGACGCUCGACUCGGUAGCUGGUAUCAGCAAACUGACCAGUGGCAAUAUCACAAUCGAUGGCACUGGGGGCUUGGGUAUCGCGCCGCAGAAGAACGUCAUGUGGGACGAGUUGACCGUCGAGGAACAUAUACGAAUCUUUAAUCGGCUCAAGUCUCCAGGGAACAAGGCAUCUAAGCAGGAGAUCCGCGACUUGGUCGUCGCCAUAGAUCUCGGCCAGAAAGCCAAGGCGCAGUCCAAGACCUUGUCUGGGGGUCAGAAACGAAAGCUACAACUGGGGAUGAUGCUAACUGGCGGGAGCGCUGUUUGCUGUGUCGACGAAGUCUCAUCUGGGAUCGAUCCUCUCUCUCGGCGUAAGAUCUGGGACAUUCUUCUGGCGGAACGUGGAAAGCGGACAAUCAUCCUGACAACCCAUUUCCUCGACGAGGCCGAUCUUCUCGCGGACCACAUCGCCAUCCUCUCCAAGGGCACAUUGCGGGCGGAAGGGUCUUCGGUCGAGCUUAAGGACAAAUUGGGCGCUGGUUAUCGCGUUCACGUUUUCAACGCCAGGGAUAUCAAAGACCCUCCCCAAUUCGAGAACGUCGAGCGAAAGAUCGGUUUUGAUGUGAUAAGCUAUAUCGCACCAUCGUCAGGCCUCGCCGCCGAAGUUAUACGCUCGCUAGAAUCCGCGGGAAUUCACGACUAUAAGUUUUCGAACCCGACCAUCGAAGACGUUUUCUUGCAAGUAGCCGAGGAGGUUAAGGACAAGAGUCCUGUAUCGCCAGUACAGCGCACCCCCUCUGGCACCACGAGUCGGGAGAAGCAAUCAGCUGUCGAAGAAGGCGCUGAAGCUAGUGAACCCGACAAAGAUGGAUUGGAAUUGCUCUCGGGGCAACCGAUCGGUUAUGUGAAGCAAGCUGGAGUGCUCUUUCUGAAGCGCUGCACUAUUUUCAAAACAAACUGGUUUCCUUAUGUGGCUGCGUUCCUCAUCCCGAUCAUAGCAGCCGCUCUAACAUCUCUCUACGUCACCGAUCAACAUCCAGUUGGGUGUAGCCCGGCGGGUCAAGAUGCAAUUGACGCGGAAGACUACUCGGAACUGUACGAACAGUUAUUCCUGCUCGCCGGCCCGUCCUCACGAUUCAGUGACGGGGACUUUCAGAGGCUCUUCCUCCCCAUUUUCUCGGGACAGGCGGGAUCCGCGAAUGAUGCGCCCGGUUCCGCCGGCUUGGGCGCGGCGGCCGGGUUCUUUGAGAGCCUUCACCUAGUCGAUUCUCUACCCCAAUUCAACCAGUUCCUGGAACAGCAGCGAAAGAAUGUCACGCCUGCUGGAUGGUGGCUCGGAGACGCCAAUUCCCCACCGACUGUCGUAUACGAGGCUGACGCCGGCGACGUAUUCACCUCUACCUUCGGGCAGAAUGCACUGAACAUCAUGCUCACCAACACCAGCAUCGCCACUACUUUUGCCACCUUCGAGACCCCCUGGGCACCAUCGACCGGCGACUCGUUGCAGCUACUAGUCUACUUCUGUUUGGCCAUGUCUAUCUACCCUGCUUUCUUUGGCCUCUAUCCGAACAUCGAGAGGCGACGGAAUGUUCGCGGGCUACAAUAUUCCAAUGGCGUGCGAUCUCUUCCGCUCUGGGCCUCCUACACGCUGUUCGAUUUCUCCAUCGUUCUCGUAUCCUCCGCCAUCACUACCGGCAUCUAUGCCGCGCAAUCCGACGUGUGGUACCACGUGCCCUACCUCUUCCUCAUUUUUAUACUAUACGGCCUAGCAUCUACCUUAUUGUCAUACGUCAUCUCUCUGUUCUGCAGCAAUCAGUUAGCGACGUAUGCCUUCUCCGCGGCUGGCCAGGCCGUCGGCUUUCUAGUCUACUUGAUCGCGUACCUUUGCGUCCUCACCUACGCGCCGGUCAUCGUCAUCGAUAGGUCCAUACUAAUCGCUCAUUUUGUGAUUUCGGCGGUCGUGCCUAUUGGCUCAGUGGUUCGAACACUUUUCGUCGCUCUUAACCUCUUCUCGGUAACCUGCGACGGAGAUCAGGUUCAGAGUAACCCAGGCGCCAUAACUGCCUAUGGUGGACCGAUUCUUUACCUGGUCUUGCAAUCGGUCAUCCUGUUCGCUUUCUUGCUCUGGCAUGACAGCGGAUCGGGUCGCAGUCUCCUCAAUCGCUUCACUCAAAAAUCCAUCCAGCCUUCUGAAAAUCCGGCCGUUUCCGACGAAGAGGUAGCGAAGGAACUUAUCCGCGUAACCAGUACUCCACAGGACAGCGAUGGGCUCCGGGUGCUGCAUCUCACGAAGAGCUUUGGAAAAAAUACGGCUGUCGACAAUGUCACAUUCGGCGUUAAACACAGCGAAGUCUUUGCCCUACUGGGACCCAAUGGUGCGGGUAAAUCCACGACCAUCUCCUUGAUCCGCGGCGAUAUCCAACCCAGCCUCAAUGGCGGCGAUGUCCUCAUCGAGAACACGUCCGUUAGCCAUCGUCGCGCCGAAGCCCGAAGCCACCUAGGUGUGUGUCCCCAAUUUGACGCCAUAGACUCGAUGACGGUCCUCGACCACCUACGUUUCUAUGCACGCAUUCGAGGCGUUCCAGACGUGGAACACAACGUCCAGGCCGUCAUUCGCGCCGUUGGGCUUGAAGCUUUCUCGACUCGCAUGGCGCACGCGCUUUCUGGCGGAAACAAGAGGAAGCUAUCUCUCGGAAUCGCGUUGAUGGGCAAUCCCAGUGUCGUCCUCCUGGACGAGCCUUCGUCAGGGCUUGACGCAGCAGCCAAGCGAAUCAUGUGGCGCACGCUUAACGCGAUUGUACCGGGCAGAUCGAUCCUCCUCACCACGCACAGCAUGGAGGAGGCCGACGCUCUCGCCAACCGGGCUGGCAUCUUGGCGAAACGCAUGCUAGCCAUAGGAACUUCCGAAAACCUGCGCCAACGGUUCGGUGACGCAGUCCACGUCCAUCUCGUCAGCAAGUCGGCCCCGCACUCGACACCCGAAGAGAUGGAACGUAUGAGGGCGUGGGUGCUGGCUACCUUCCCGGAAGCCGAGGUGGAACAGAAGACGUACCACGGGCAAAUGCGCUUCUCGUUGGCGGCCAGCGCGGUGGUGAGCCAUAAGAAGGGCAGCGGGAGCGCGGUCGGCCAGCUCCUCAUCAUCCUGGAGGAGAACAAGCAGGCGCUCGGCGUCGAGCACUUCUCGUGCACGCCGACGACGCUGGACCAGGUGUUCCUCACAAUCGUCGGGAAGCACAACGUGCAGGAGGAGGGCUACGGCGAGAAGAAGAAGCCGUGGUGGAAGAGGGGCUGGUAGGGUUCCUCACGUAUCCAUGAUAUCAUUAUAUAUAUACCCCAGGGGCCCGCCCAUACACACCUCCACAUCUUGAUCGGUUUUUCCUUUUUAGAUUUUAUGGGUUUGCUCAUCCGUUUUUUCUUCUUCACAGAGCAUAGAGGGUGCUUGGACACGCCGGAAGAGCGUGUAUAUAUAUAUAUAUACAUAUACAUAUAUAUAGCAUACGAUGUAUGGAAGCAGGAUUGUACCAACUGGCUCGAACAAAUUACGUGUACUAUAUAUACCUUCAUAGCGUAUACAGAAGAGAAUGACGAGAGAGUGGUUAACGAUUUAACUCUCAUGGGGAUCGUGGUAAAGAUAACCAUCUCAAAGCCGGUUGGUGUAGAAGAUGAUUCCAACACGAUCGCAGCCAUGAUCCCGAAAUAGUAAAGGUACGGGGAACUAUCUCGAGUUACCAUAGAAAGAGUGCAAAAAUC